CGCGGCAUCCCCUCCGCCCACGUGGCGGCAGCCAAAGUUAGCCUCCCCUCUAUAAUUACCCCCGUCUCCCGGGCGGGCAGUCCCACCACCAUCUCUCUCCUCUCCUCUGCUCCCUUCCUCUGUCCCUCUCGCACAGCAGAAGAGAACUCCUACCCUCCGAUGGCCGCAGCGGUGGCUGACGCGGCGGUGCCGGCGGUGGCGAAGGCGAACGGCGCCGGGGCGGGGUGCUGCGCGGCGAAGGGCCCCGGGUACGCCACGCCCAGGGAGGCCAUGGAGAAGGGCCCGCGGGAGGGGCUCCUCUACGUCACCUGCGUCUACAAUGGUACUGGAAUCAACAAGCCGGAUUACCUGGCUACAGUGGACGUCGACCCCAAUUCAGCGACCUACUCCCAGGUGAUCCACAGGCUCCCGGCCACCCACAUCGGCGACGAGCUGCAUCACUCCGGCUGGAACGCUUGCAGCUCCUGCCAUGGUGAUCCAUCCACGAGCCGGCGCUUCUUGAUUCUCCCUUCAUUGCUGUCUGGUCGCGUGUAUGUGGUCGACACUGCGAAGGAUCCGAGGGCGCCUGCUCUGCACAAGGUUGUCCAGGCUGAGGACAUUGCUGAGAAGACCGGGCUUGGGUUCCCUCACACAUCCCAUUGCCUUGCAACUGGGGAUAUCAUGAUUUCCUGCCUGGGAGACAAGGAGGGCAAUGCUGCUGGCAAUGGCUUUCUCCUGUUGGAUUCAGAGUUUAACGUCAAAGGGCGUUGGGAAAAGCCAGGUCACAGCCCCUUGUUUGGCUAUGAUUUCUGGUACCAGCCUCGUCACAAGACGAUGAUUAGCUCUUCAUGGGGAGCUCCGGCAGCUUUCAGGACAGGUUUCGAUCUCCAGCAUGUCCAGGAUGGUCUCUAUGGAAGGCACCUGCAUGUGUAUGACUGGCCUGGUGGUGAGCUCAAGCAGACACUGGAUCUAGGCAGCACAGGUCUUCUUCCACUGGAGGUGAGGUUUUUACAUGACCCAUCAAAGGACACUGGCUAUGUUGGCUGUGCUUUGACAAGCAACAUGGUGAGAUUCUUCAAAACUGCAGAUGGAUCAUGGAGCCAUGAGGUAGCUAUAUCCAUAGAGCCACUGAAGGUGCGCAACUGGAUGCUGCCAGAAAUGCCAGGAUUGAUAACUGACUUUGUCAUCUCUCUGGAUGACCGUUAUCUCUACUUGGUCAACUGGCUUCAUGGGGAUAUCAGGCAGUACAACAUUGAGGACCCUGCAAAGCCUGUGUUGGCUGGGCAAGUAUUUGUAGGUGGGCUUCUUCAAAAGGGCAGUGAUGUUGUCUAUGUGACCGACGAUGACAAAGAAGAGCAGUAUGCUGUGCCCCAAGUCAAGGGGCACCGGCUUAGAGGUGGGCCGCAGAUGAUUCAGCUGAGCUUGGAUGGCAAGAGGGUCUAUGUAACCAACUCUCUCUUCAGCCGGUGGGACGAGCAGUUCUAUGGCCCUGACCUUCUCAAGAAGGGAUCUCACAUGUUGCAGAUCGACGUCGACACCGAGGAAGGAGGGCUGACUGUCAACCCCGACUUCUUCGUGGAUUUUGGCACCGAGCCUGAAGGUCCCUCAUUGGCCCAUGAAAUGAGAUAUCCUGGGGGAGACUGCACCUCUGACAUAUGGAUCUAGGACGAAGGGUGUAGGGUGCAUAUGCAGCUGGAGAUCCAUGGUGUUAAGCUCACUGUAAUUAAGAUGGUUUCUUCCCUGCCUGCGGUGUUGUAUGUGAUGUGGUAUCAAUUGGAAUAAGUUCCUGAUAGAACCUCUGACAUUGGCUUCAUGGGAGCUUGUGCCCUAAUAAGAGUUGCCUCUGAUUCUGAAA